AUGGUCGGGAUUGCUUCUCUGAAUAACCCUCCUCGGCAAGGUUGGCCAGACAAGGGAGAUGGGAAGGUUGUGCGCAGGAUACCGUUCAAGAUCGGGCAGCCCAAGAAACAGAUUGUACCCAAGACAGUGGAGAGAGACUUUGAAAGGGAAUAUGGAAAGCUUCAGCAAUUGGAAGAUCAGACCAAAAAACUUCAGAAGGAUAUGAAGAAAAGCACAGAUGCAGACUUGGCCAUGUCCAAAUCGGCUGUCAAAAUCUCUUCGGACCUGCUGUCCAACCCGCUGUGUGAACAGGAGCCCAGCUUUCUGGAGAUGGUCACGGCCUUCGACACGGCGAUGAAGAGGAUGGACUCUUUCAACCAGGAGAAGGUGAAUCAGAUCCAAAAGACAGUCAUAGAGCCUUUGAAAAAGUUCAGCAGCGUGUUCCCCAGCCUGAACAUGGCAGUGAAGCGACGGGAGCAAACGCUGCAGGACUACAAGCGCCUGCAGUCCAAGGUGGAGAAAUACGAGGAGAAGGAAAGGACCGGCCCCGUCCUCGCCAAGCUGCACCAGGCUCGUGAAGAGCUGAGACCGGUGAAGGAGGACUUUGAAGCCAAAAACAAGCAGCUCCUGGAGGAAAUGCCCAAGUUUUAUAGCAGCCGCAUCGAUUACUUCAAACCCAGCUUUGAGUCGCUGGUCCGGGCGCAGCGUAAGGUGGUUCAAGCCCUGGUUGCGCAUCAGCCGCUGGCAUUUGGUGGCUUUAUCCAUCUGGGCCUGGAGAAAGCUGGGGUGGAGGGGGUUAAAGUGAGACAAGUGUGUGACAAGUGGCACCGGCCAGCGUGGCGAUGCACGGCCCGGCUGCCUCGCUGGGAACAAGCCAUGCCAUGGCAAAGGGAAGGACCCCGCUUCAAACCAGCUCCGGACCAGCAGCUUUAUGGCUUUGACCCAACGAGACCCUCCGAGACCUUCUGGCUGGGCGGUUGGGUUCCCAUGGCACAGCUUGGCCGCCAGCCCCGGUGCCGGGUGUCUCCUGACGGCGUGACAUGUCCCGAGCUCGCAGAGGCUGUAACAUUCAACACCAAAUACUUUUGUCCACCCACGUGCCUGGGCCAAGCCAACAGAGGCAAAUAUUUCCCCGGCUGGGGGGACUUUGAAGUGGCCACAUGA